AUGGCGCCGGGUCUGGGAGAGGAGAUAGGCUUGCACACCUACUUCCCCUUCUUUCGAUCUGUCGUCACCUAUUCUGCAAGCCAAGACGGCAGUGGGAUCGAGGAGAACCAAGAUUGCGUAGUCGAUGGAGGGGAUAUCUUACGUGAGAACUCUAUCCAUCGCCCGGCUUGUCAGUCAGCCACAAACUUGCCCAGUCUCGCAAGGCACUUGAGCAAGCAUCUAGCUCUGCGGGAUGUCGAUCACAAGACCCAAGCUACCUCUCAGGACUCGCUCAAUUGA